ACCGAAAAACCCAUACAUCAUCGAAGGUUGUAGUGUCCGGUUUACCAAAGAACGUGUCUGUGGACUUCCUUACGAUGUUUUUCGAAAAUGAAAACAGGCAAGGAGGUGGUCCUGUAAAACAUGUUGAGAUCAACGAGGAAAAUCAAAGUGCGCUUGUGGAGUUUCAGGAAGCUGAAUCUGUGGAAAAAGUUAUGCGCAAAAAGCCUAUUGUUUUGCAAGAAACCGAAGUAAAACUUUCUUUAUUUGCAGAAGACUCUUGGGAUAAUACAUCAUUUGCCUCUGCAAAAAUUAAAGUGGCUGGACUAGACAAAAAGAUGUCGAAAGAGUUCCUUCUAAUGUUUUUUGAGAAUGAGAAAAGACAGGGUGGCGGAAAAGUGAAAUGUGUCGAAAUAGACGAACGCAAUAAAUCCGCAAUUAUUGAAUUUGCGGACCCAAAUGCUGUCAAAAUUGUUCUACAGAAACGACCGAUUUGUAUCGACGGUACAAAAGUAAUUGUAGAAAUAUACUCUGAAAGUCUAGAACCUAAGACAUUGUUAGUAAACAGACUUCCAAAUAACAUAUCAGAGGAGUUCUUAAUUAUGUUCUUCGAAAAUGAAGGGAGGCAAGGAGGAGGAAAAGUCACAAAAGUCGAAAUCAAUCCUUAUAGGAAAUGCGCAAUCAUCGAAUUUGAAGAGUCACAAUCCGUUAAGAAAGUCUUAAAAAAACAACCAAUUUUCCUGUUGGAAUCACAAGUUGACGUGUUUGUGUUCAAUGACACUAACAUCAUCGAAGUACGGAACUUUGAUACGAGAGAGACUUCUGAACAUGAUCUAAUAGAAUUAUUUGGAAACCUCGACGUGUCCACUGGUGGCAAAUUCAGUAAAGUGCUUAUCGACAGAUUAAAUGACGUUGCAUUUAUGACACUCGACUCACAUGAAGCAGCAAAGCGCGCUUGCAGUAGAAAAGAACUGAAAUGUAAAAGACGUUCUCUCGUUGUCUACACAUGCAUUCUUACCGAAGAUGAAUUAGCAGAAGUGGUAUCAGAAAAGCAACCCCACAAACAACAACUUUAUCAGCAUGAAUCUUCUGAUCCAUAUUCAGCGAUACCUUCAUGCAUAAAAGAGCGAAACAGUACAAACGAGGAAAGAGCAAAGCUUGAAACACAAGGCAACCAAACCAAUAGUUCUCAAGAUGUUAGAAGUUAUACUGGAACAAAGCCAGCUAUUAGAAUUGCCGCUUCACCCAGUGUUAAACAUCAAGUCAUAACUAAGAAGCCUUCUACACCAGAAACUUCUGAUCCAUAUUCAGCGAUACCUUCAUGCAUAAAAGAGCGAAACAGUACAAACGAGGAAAGAGCAAAACUUGAAACACAAGGCAACCAAACCAAUAUUUCCCAAGAUGUUAGAAGUUAUACUGGAACAAAGCCCGCUAUUAGAAUUGCCGCUUCACCCAGUGUUAAACAUCAAGUCAUAACUAAGAAGCCUUCUACACCAGAACCCAAUGAAAAGGAAGGUAAGAUAUUCGGUCAAGUGCUGCAAAAGCUUGGUCUUGCAAACAGGUAUCCGGGCAAAAUAUCUAUGAGAGAUGUUAUAGCAGUUGAUCCCAACGAAUCUAAGGAGCACGAAAAGCAACGCAUUUCUUUGGUUGAUAUUCCAUGGUUGUUACUUAAACGUUUGAUUUGUGCUCACAGCGAAUCCAGGGAUAUAACAGUCUUAGAGGAAGACAGUACUGAAAACAGUUUAGAUCUAGAUAAUACUAUGUCCUUUAUUUCGGACAUACCUGAAGAUAGUCAAGACAUUAGUCCAUUAGAUAUAUUUACAGUUGUUUUUCAAUGUUGUGACCCAAUAAUGAAGCAAGUAUUCUUUCAAAAAUUGUACCUUUGCAAAAUUGCUGUCCCUUUUCUUUACAAGCACUGGGAAACAAAGGAAUUCCAUCAGCCAAUACUCUCUGUUUGGCCAUUACGAUCUUUGGCUAUAGAAAGUAAAUCAUUAGCAGGCAAAGGUGAGUUACAAAGUAAAGAUGUCGACGUCCUUGAGCUACCAACAAAGGUGCUAGCUUUUGCAAGAUUUGGUCGCCCCCGCUAUUCAAAAUCAAAAUUGAUCAAUAGCUUAUUAACCAGUCAGGGCUGCAAAACAUAUUACAAUAUCGAUUGUCCUUCUGGGAUGACACCAAGAUAUUUAAGUAAUGGACAAAUUGAGAUGUUUUGGUUGCCGACAAUCGGCGACAAAAAAGAUAGGUUUCAAGAAUCUAUGACAUUUCUGAACAUGAGAGGAGAUAUUAAUGAACAUUUUUCUGUAGACAUUCUUUCUUUCAUUGCAAAUUUUGUAGAUGCAGUUGUAAUAAUCAUUGACUUAGAAACUGUUUUGAAACAUGGCAAAGACGUUAAAGACGUCCUUCUGAAGUUUUCCUCAGUAAUAUUGAUUAUUGCUAACCCUCUCAGACCAGACGUUCGAAAAACAAUAGAAGGUUUUCAAAGUGACGUACUUGCAUCAAAAACUGGAAUAAAUCUUCGAUUAUUAAGUACGCACAAAGGUGUUGUAGAACAAAAUGUCGUCGACAUGGUCUCGAGUAUAUCUAAACAUAUAACAAGUCAAGUUAAGGCUAAUAAAACCAGAACGUAUCAAGAGCGUUUAGCAUGUGCAAAGCUAGACACAAUAAAAACAGAUGAAGACGAUAGAACCUGUCAACAAGGAAAGAUAGAAGCUGAGAUAUUGAUGAAACAAAUGAAAAAUGACAGUGAACCGAGUCGUUGGAAACAGAUCCUAACCCCAGUACACAGUACUUUUUCCCAGCAGCUGGGCAAACUUAUGAAGGAACGCGAAAGGGAGAGAGACUUAACAGAAGGCGAAAAUAUUGAUAGAAAAAUCAAAACAAUUCGCCAAAAGCAAACCCAUUCAAUAACUAAAACGGUCAAACUCUUUGUAGACAUUUUAACAAGAAACGAAAGGUCUCACGUAAUACUAAAAUUUUUUCUAUGUUGGCUACACUUUUAUAUUGAGAGGGAAAAACGACGGAUAUUGCCUCAAUUGAUGCAUGAAAACCGGUGCGCGUGGGAAAAACUAAAAAUGCUAAAAAGCAAAGAAAGCCAGAUUCCUUCUGAGAUUGAAAAUCAAGAAAAAGUCAUCACCUGGUUAGAACAAAAGAUAGAUGAAGCGUCAUUCUCUGUGGAACAUUUGUUUCGUGAAAUAGGGCAUAUAAAUGAGGCCAUUUUAGAACUUCAAGAAAAUUCAAUUUACUUUCAGUUACCACCAUUAGACCGAAUGGCAAAAAUUAUAGGCCGCCUUGUUGCUGAGGGACAUCAGUUAGAGCUGAUUGAUGGAGAGAGCUUUUAUAUGCCCUACUUAUGGACAAAGACUGUAUUGAAAGAGGUAGAUCGAUGUAUUGACUAUAGUAAAGUAAUGACACUAAGCGUUCUAGGUCUACAAAGUUCCGGAAAAUCAACUUUGUUAAAUACGAUGUUUGGAUCUCAAUUUUCCACGAGGACCGGAAGAUGUACACGGGGUAUACACGUUCUACUUAUUCCCACCAAAACUGCAAACUUUGAAGGAAUAUCGUCACAAUUUAAUUACGUGCUUGUUGCUGACACAGAGGGGCUGAGAUCACCAGAGCUCAGUCAUGUUCAACAUGAGCAUGACAAUGAGUUAGCCACUGUCAUUACUGGAAUAGGUGACAUCACAAUGUUGAACAUAAUGGGAGAAAAUACAAGUGAAAUACGAGAUAUUUUGCAAGUCGUUGUCCAUGCUUUUCUUCGACUGAAAAUGACAAACAGGAAGUUGGAUAUUCGCAAAAGUUGCGCAUUUAUUCAUCAAAAUGUUACUGACACGUCUGCAUCAGAAAAUAUGAUAAGUGGCUUGAGUAAACUUAUGCAGACACUUGAUGAAAUGACAAAAGAAUCAGCGAAAAGUGAAGGAAUUCUUGAAAUCACUACAUUUAACCAAGUUAUUGAAUUUGACAUUAAUUCGCAAGUCUGGUACCUGAAAAAUCUCUGGCAAGGAAAUCCACCUAUGGCGAGAGUUAAUAAUGAAUACAGUGAACGUGUUGUAGAUAUGAAAUGCAAAAUUCUACAGAAAGCUUUGACAAUGAAAGAUAAAUCAUACAAGUCUCUAAAUGAUAUCGUUGAGCAAGCGCAUAGCUUGUGGAAAGGUGUUCUAAAUGAAGAUUUUGUAUUUUCAUUUAGAAAUAGCCUGGAAAUAAGAGCGUACAUGGAAAUGGAAAGGGAAGUCCAAGACCAGUUAUGGCACCUUGAAAGUUUUAUUCGUGAUGAAUUGAUAAAAAUUUCACAGAGUUGUUUCGCAAAUUGUGAUCAAAAAGAUAAUUUACGAAGUGUAGCGGACCAACGUAUUACUGAACUAAAUGAUGUUCUUGCUGAAGAAAAAUCUAAGACUGAAGAAGUCAUUAAGACAUACUUCGAAAAGAACAAAUACAAAGACAUCAUUAUUCAAUGGAAAAACAGUCAGAAGAAUCGAAUUGACAGCCUUUGUCAAAAAUUAGAACAAAUCAUUAAGGAGCAAAUAGAAAAGAGUCAAGUGAAAAGAUCUGUAGAAAUCCUUACUGUUGCAAGUCAUGAGAAACACGAAGAGAAACUUCGGAAAAAAUCAAUGGAAGUAGCAAAUCAAUACAAAGGUCAGAAAUUAACUAGAAGUCGAAUAAAUGAACUUUUUGAUGACAUUUGGCGAUCUUUUAUCACUAAGGUAGAUACUACAUCUUCCACGUCAGAAACGAACAGAAAGAAAAUGAAAGUCGUAUUUGAAACAUGUCUCAAAAAUAUUUUUAAAAAACAUUAUGCAUUUCUAAAAGCUGGUUUGGUACAGAGUAACUACUUAACACCGAUACCAAAUUUGAAGAGAUUGGAUGGAUCAUUUAACCGCACUGGUAUUGACGAAAAGGAUAUUAGUUUCACGUGGUUUCAGAAAGGAAUAGAAUACAUUGGUAUAACUGACACUAUGAAACAUGUCACUGUCAGGGUAAAUCAAAUAUUUCAAGCAAUUGACAAGAAAAUAGAUUUACUCUGUCAAGUGAACGAUGAAAUUACCGAGAUGUCAGUAAAUAAAUUAAUGCAUGAACUAGACGCUAGUAUACAUGAUAUUUUGACAGGAAAAACGAAAUAUGAUUUUAAGAUUCCGUUUUAUGUUAAGAUUUAUAUACAUGUUAGCAGGCAGACCUAUCUUGUUUUUGAGACGCACAAUGAGAACUAUUUUAAAACCCAAGGUACUGUUGCACGUCUUGAACAAUAUAAACAACAACAAAAAAUCAGUUUCGAAGCUCAUUUAAAUAGCCGUCAGUCUGAAGAUAUUGUAGCGAAACUGUUUAGUCAUGUUAUUGAGGGUUUUGCUGAGGAAUGGACAAAACAAAGUUUACCAAAUAAAGUUACUGAUGACCUUUACAGUCACCUCCCUUCAGUUAAAAACAGGGUCAUUGUUGAGAUAUGUACAGACCUUUUGGAAAAAAGUCAUUUCGAUGAUUUCAUCAGGUAUGUACAAGCCCCGAAGGAAUACGCUAGUUUGUGGAUAACAGAAAAGGCCAAUUACCAUCUUUUUGGCAGCAAAACCCGAGCGUAUGCAAGCAUCGCCACCACAUUAUUAAAUCUAGUUUUCAGUACUGUUGAAAAGUGUGUUCGUGAUUUACAGAACAGUUUCAGCGGAAAAAAGUCCCCGUCUAUAGAAACAUGGCUUAAUAAUCUUCAGCAGUCCUUGACAAAAGCGAAAUUUUCUAUUCCAACCGAGAGUUUCCGAAACGUGAAGCAGGAAAUAAAACAUAUUCAAAAUGUAGAACACCUUACUAAUGUAAUAUUAGCUAAUUUAGUGGAAUCAAAAGAUAAAAUAAAUAACAAAUUUAGUCAGCACGGAAGUGGAUCUGUGAAAUGGGCAAAUUCGAAUCCUAUCGAUCGAAUAAUUACAAAAAUAUGGGGAUGUCCAGAACAGUGUGCUUUUUGCGGAGAACCAUGUGCAAAGAAAGAAGACCAUAGUGGAUCUAUGCAUUACAGUAUACAACAUAGACCGUCAUGUUGCAAGGGUAUUCGACAUAUUGGUUCGAAUAAGGGAUGCUUGGAGUCAUGCGCUUUUGACAUUCAGUCAGACACGACACAUAAGUGUGGAGUCUUUAAUUACAUAUGCAAUGGAUCCCGUAAAGAAUGCGGUAAGACUCAUUAUUACAGAGACUACAGGACUUAUUUACCUCAGUGGGAUAUUGCUCCAAGUUCCAAUAUGCACGACACAUCUAAAUUUUGGAUGUGGUUUGUUGCAACAUAUAAAAAGGAGUUACACGAGUACUAUAAUUUUGGUGUUGAUAACAUUCCGCCUUCGUGGGAUGAAAUAACAAAACUACAGGCUAAAGAAAGUCUACAAAAAACAUAUUCUGCUUAAAAAAGGUAAUUACUAGGGCAACUAGAAUAGUCCUACACUAGAUAUCAGAAUAGGUAACUAGGAAAUAGUCUAUACUAAAUGCCAAAAUUUAUUAAAAAAAAAACAUGAUAGAAAAUCAUAUAAGAUGGCACCAGUCGGCGUUUUCAGAUUUAUGGUUCAUCAUAUACAUAUUAAAAUCCAUACCUAUUUCAGUAAUAAAUACGACUAAGAUUAUUACUGACCAGGUCAUUGUUCUACAUACCUUUGUAUUUGAAUUAACUGGUGUUCAACGACAUAUAGUUUAAAUAACAUAUCAAAUGCAGUCGUAAUUGCAAUGUAUUAGAUUGUUACAGCUGCAUCAGUUCUUUUUAAAUUUUCCAUCAUCAGUUAGAGUUGAAUAGAUACAAUAGAAUGCAAGUUGUGUCUGGCUGUAACAUUUAGCGGUAUCUUUGUUUUAAACGUUCUUUAGGUUAAUAGUUUCUUUUCAAACUAAUAUGGGAGCCUUUGUUACAAGUUCAUAUAAGGAUACACAAGCAAACUAGGAUACAAAAGCAAACUAUGUAUACUUGUAUAUACCUUAAAAGUGUAAUGCUUAACUGUGAUAGAAAUGGUUCGUAAUAAACGGAUUCCUGACUGUGACAUAAUACUUCGUAUUAGUUUUAUUUUUUAGUGAUAGACGAAAGAUUCUUCGAAUUAUCGAAGAACACCUGAUACCUCUUUUGGUGACAUUCCGAUUUUACUGUACAAAUGCUACUGUACCAGUAAAACGAAUAAAGGGUUAAAUAAGGUGACACAUAUAUCAUGAAACGUUCAGUCUUCAGUUAUUCACAUAUGAAGCAAAUAACGACCUUACAUAUUUAGUAUAUUAUUGUGAUAUUACACUGGAAAAGAAUUUAGCAUGCAACUCCGCUUUUUCGUAGUGUAGCCAACGAAUAAAUGAAACGUUUAAGUCUUAAACGCUGUAAAAUAGUUUUUAAUUUCAAACUUUCUUAUCGAAUUUUAGCCUAGAGUAUCCAGGAUUAUCUACUAUGUUUAAUACCUUAUAAUAACACUGCUAAAUAUAUCUGAUAGCUGAUGUGUUUUUAUUUUAGCUGAUGUAAUGUUUCUUUUUUGACAAAAACGUUUGUGAAUAAAUAGGUAAAGAUAAAUUAUAUUAUUUGUAUAGCUGAACGAUGGUAAUUAGUGGUUAACUGUAUAUAGGAAAGUGACAAAAGUUGUGAUAUCUUUACAAGACACUAUAUUUCUCUAAAUAAUAUCACUAGUGUGAAUUAUUUACAUAAUGCUUCUAAGAUCUUUAUAUCAUUGUUAAAUGCUUGUGUAUAGAUUGUUAUCAUUUUGCAUGUGAAUAUAAGCUUUUCUUUAUCAAAGCUAGUGAAAUAUAGCCGCACUAAUUUUUGCAGAAAGAAUGUUGAGCAAAUAUUGUACACUAAGUAAUGUACGAUUUGUAUCUUGUAAUUGGUUAUAUAAACAUUAUCUAAACAUAAGCACUUGAAUACGACGAGUUUUGUAAUUUCAAUAAUGUUAGUUUAUUAAUAUGUUUGCCAAUAAUAGGAACAUUUUCGUCUUUGUAAGGUCCUUGAAAGUUUUAAUGCAGGAUAAAACAGAUACAACAGACUCUGAGGUAGUACCCAUAGUAUGAAGGACCCACUGUCUGAUUUACUUACCGUGUAUUAAAGAUUUUGUUUUAUAGUCAGCCCCGUAAAUAAAACAUAAAACUGUUCCAUUUAAUCCUUUUAAGAUAGUUCAGAUGCAUAGGAAUGAACUGAACAAUUAGACGACAAGAAGACAUAGCGUUUAUGUUUUUGUUUUAUGCGUAUCCUAGGUUUGUCAUAAAUUACAUUUACCAUUUUUACAUACUUGUUUUGAAAAAAAGACGUAUUGCGUGAGUCUGUCCGUCCAUUCGUCCGUCCGUCCGUCAUACUUCCUGUCCGUAGCUAAACUCAGUAACCGUUCAAGAUAUUAACAUUGGUAGGUGGCGAUAAAACGAUGUUCAGAGCACUUACGAGUUUGUUAGAGGACAUAUUUUAAUUGCAAAGUCAGAAAUGGAACUAUGAGGUAAAAUUUGACCCUCAUAUUUCUGAGUAUAACUUAAUAAGUAUUCAAUGUAUUCCCUUUACAUUUUUUUGCGUAUAGAAAGGUUAAGGCAAUGUGCAGAGUGCAUGAACCAUGCCCAUAGGUCAAAGGUCAAGGUCACAAGUGGAGCUGUUCUUUUGUUCUUCUUAUUUCUUUUCCUGAGCAUAACCUGGUACCCGUUCAAAUAUUCACCUCAAUCUUGGCAUAAAUGUAAUUGUUAACAAGAAAAUAUGCGGAGUACAUACACCAGAUCUAUAGACCAACGGUUUUGGCCACAGUUAGUUAAUAUUUGUUCUGUCAUAUCUUGUGUCCAGAGCAUAACUUGAUAUCAAUUCAAAAGUAAAAAUAUUGACUUCAAAUUUUGCAUGCAGGUAGGUAGCAAUUACAUAAUGUGCUUGGCGCAUGAAUUUUGUCUAUAGAUCAAAUUACAAUAUCACAAAUUGUGUUCAAAUUUGUCCCUUUUAUUUUGUGUCCAGAGCACACUUAAAAAACUUUCAAGAUAUUAAAUUCAUAUUAGGAAUACAGGUAGGUGGUGAUGACAAUCUGACUAAAGUACAUCUCCUAUUACGCCACACUUAGGAUCUGAGAACGAGCAAUUGAUAGCCUUGUUCUGACCACCCUUUCGCUAUCCUAUUAACUUACAACAUUUUGCAAAUCUUAGUUAGCCUUGAUUUUUGAUAUUUACAAAUCUUAUGUCAUAAUACAUCAGCAAGCCGUUUAGCACAGUUAACACUUGCUCUGUACACGAGGGGUCCAGGGUUCGAACCCUGGAUUGAGUGCACAUUUUUCUUUCUCUUUGACAUUUGAAUAAGUCGUCUGAUUGGUUCAAAUAAAAGUAGAUUUGCGAAAAUAAAAAAAGCAAUAUUGGAAAUCCAAAAUAUACAGAAGACGAAUGUGAAGGGGUCAUUCUCAGAUCUUCGUUUAGAAGAUCAAGUACUUUAGUCAUAUUGGUUGUGAUGAGGUGAUUUAAUGAAUGCAGCAAUCCUCGUUACUCCUAAGCUCUACUCACCCCCAUCCCUAUUCCGCAUAAAAACACUUUUUGUUUUGGUAUGUUUUUUGAAAGCAUGAAUUAAGUUGUAGGUCACAAAUCAUAGUUAUAGCAAGAUCAAAUGUGUCCUUAGCAUAGCUUAAUAACAAUCUAAGGUAUUGUCUUUGACCUUGGCAUGAAGACAGGUAGCAAUGACACGAUAUGCAGAACAGAUGGACUUGGUUAGUUGAUCAAAGGUUGUGGUCACAUAUUAAAUUAAAGUUGUCCUUUGUAUAGAGUGUCUGGAACGCAAGCGAGGGAUUAUUCAACUUUUCGACUUUAAAUUUGGAAUAAAGGUUGAUGAUUAUAAGGUAGUUUGGUUGUUGAGCAAUCUACAUUACUCACGCUUUCCGUCCCGCCCCCUAUAGAAGACAUCCCUUACCCUCUUCCACAUUACAUCCAAGAUUUUUUAAGAUUUUCUUCUUCCUCCUCUGAUAUAAAACUUCGGGCGUAUAUUGUCCUGUUUGCAGAGUUGUGGUUACAUAUGUAUGCAGUGUUUAAUCAAGCUUUAUUUAUUUUGUCAAGAUAUUAAUCAGACUUUGUGAAAUGUAAGCAUGCAUGCAUACAUGAGUUUUUUAUUUAUUUCUUUUUUUUUUCUUUUUUUCUUUUUUUAUUUUAUUUCAUUUUAUUUUAUUUAAAUAGACAGUUUUCGGUCCAUUGUCAAUUCAAUUUGAAACGAAGUAUUUUUUCCCGAAUUUUUUUUUACACAAAAUUUUAUUUUUAUUAUGUAUUGACUACAAUGGUGAUAACAGAAUCUUCCCCUUGUUUCUAUGUUUUUACUUUAAUUAUAACACAAUACUAUUUAUAUUGUUAAAUACUGUAAAGAUGGCAGUAAGAUGAUUUUAAACUCAAAAUACUAGAAAAAGAAUUAAAUUCAUUAAACAAAUUUUCAGAAGAUAUUUUCGAUGGUAAAAUUAAGCCCGAGUGAUAUCUGAAAACAAAAGGAAAAUCAUGGUUGACUUAUUUGUGAAUAGAGUUUAAUCACACACGCUCAGAAUAUCUCAAUAAGCGUAAAGGCAGGGCUUUCUUAAGAAACAUUUAAGAUUUCGACAUCCUUUUAUUUUCAAAUCGUAUUUUUGUCUGUUUUAACACUGGGAAACUACAUGUUAAAAAUUCAAAUAUUAAUAUUAAGAAUAAAAAUAAUUUUACUGGCACAACCGGUGACCUUUAGAGUAUUUAAUGUACAUUUUAAAUUGAUGAAAACCCCUGCUAAAGAUAAGAUGGACUAAACAGUACCAUACGACUAUAUAUAAAACUUUACGCUUUGUGUCUAAAACAAGAUUUUGUUAGUUUUUACGGUGCAAAAUGCAAUUUUAGACCAUUAAAUUUCGAAAAAGUGCAAAAUUUACUCUACUUUGUUAGACUGAUUAACAAAUUAUCGAGCUAUCAUAUUUUAGUAUUUAAGUGCAAAAUAUGUCUAGCGUUUUGAUGACACGUAGAAAAAACUCCCUUGUUUAAUGUUCAUGUUUCGAAAUUUUAUAUUGGAAGUGCUGAUUUAUUAGAGAAUAACAAAUUACUAUAUUGGCAUAUCUUAAAUAUUUCAGUCUACAAUUUUCCGGGACAAUUUUUUGAAAUUCUAAAUAUAACAAUAAUUUUCAUGACCUUUCAAGAUAUUUUGUUCUCCUUCCGAUGUACAUUCUUUAUUGUUUUAGGAAGGACAUCGAAACUGUAGAUAUUAAUUUUGCCAUUUCUAAAUAUUUAGAUUAUUAUGUGUUUCGAUGUUUAAACAAAUAUCAAAAAGUAUGUAUGGAAUAAAGUAUGUAUGUGACACUU